AUGUUCAUCUACGCUAAAUUAGUCCUGCAGAUGGUGAAAGAUCAGGGGACUCUCUACGACAUCGAGAUGCAGAUGGAAAGUCUCCCAGAUGGGCUAGACCAAGCUUAUGGCCGCCUCCUUGAUAGGAUUAAGAGUGGACUUACACAGGCUCUCCGUGAUGUUGUGCGUGCUAUAUUACAAUGGAUAGCUUGCGCCCAAAGGCCCCUGAGAGAAGAGGAGAUACUACAGAUACUAGCUGUAGAGCCCGGAAAGCCUGAUUUCACCAAGGGGCGCAAGGAAUUCCGCGAUAUUUGUAGGGCAUGCGGUCCGAUUAUUGAGGUUCAUGGAGGGUUUAUUCGGUUUGUUCACUUUUCCGCUAAAGAAUACCUUCUCCACGAACAAAGCGGUAUUUACCUGAACCUCACUGAAGCACAUCUCAAUGCCACUCUACUCUGCGCAACGUACCUGUCAUUCUCGUCGUUGGAUCCGUUAUUCUAUUCUCGGCCGGAAGUACAGAACGAUAUCCAGAGGCGAAUUAUGAGCGGCGAUUAUGUUAUGUUUGAAUACACGUCGGUGGCGUUUCUAGAGCAUCUUAAGACAUACUUACAGAGUCGGGAUCUAGAUAUAGAAAUUUCUCUCGUCACAACUCUAAGACAACUCCACAAGGUCCGAGGCACCGCUCCCACCAAUAGUGACCAUAUCCCAACCCGUUUUAUUCGCACAUUCAAGGAUUUAGCCGAUGUACCCGAGCUUCAUGUCUUUCUCUCAACCGUAGCGUACUCUCAUACACAAGCCCGGCUUGGGUUAACUAACCGAGAUGGUUUCUCAAUCAGCGAUCCUCUCCAGAUCUUCUUAGCUCGGCGAAGACUUCGGCAAGCCAUAGAAAGCAUGAUAUGUCAGGGGCCGAACCAUAUACCCGACUGUCGUUGCGAUCAUCUAAAUCAUCUUUACGGGACGAAGAUAUAUCAUUGUGAUCAAUAUUUUUGCUACGCAUACCAAAGUGGAUUUGAGUCGAAACAAGCCAGAGAUCGACACUUGGAAAUUCACAAACGCUCACACAAAUGCCCUGUGGAAAACUGUCUAUUUUCAGAGAUAGGUUUCCAUGACGCAACAGAGUUUGAUAGGCACACGCGCGCAGCACAUCCCUCAGGGACCCUCGAGAGGAAUCACGCAGGCCCUGGCGCGUUACCCAUUCAACCGUCAGAUGAUCUAUUCAAUAUCCUUUGGAGUGCAGUGAUACUAGAUCAGCGGCAAAUAUUCGAAGAGAUGCUGAUUGGAGUACAAGAAACUACUUUCUCGAAAUAUACAUGGGACCGGCUUAUAUGUGAAGCUUCCUCGAAAGCUUCCUCAAAUACUUUCUCCUGUCUACUUGACCAGCCGUGGCUCGAUUUGUCGAAAUAUCCGUUGGCAUUGACAGCGGCAUUAGAGGCAGAAAACGUCCCAAACAUCAAGCUCUUGCUCUCUCAUGGACUAAAUAUGUCAGAAACCUCACCUAGUUUAUAUGAGGUAGAUGCAUUCGAGUCCGUCAGAAAACCACUCGCGAGACAGCCGAAACUUUCCGGAUACGUUCAUGCGUUAAGAACUUGGAAUCCAAAACUGAUAACUUGUUUAAUCCACGAAUGUCAGGUUGAGUUCCCUGAGCAAAUUGAUGAACCAGGAAUGAUCUUCAGUAGUCCUCGAAUUGGUUUAUAUACCCCCGAUGAAGCGAUGGGGCGUUUUAACGAAAUAAAACAGCACAUCAUUUGGCCCGAAGCAUAUGUUCGAGGUGUUAGGCAAGCCGUAGAGAGUGGGUGCGCUGUUGCUGUUAGGAUCUGUCUGGAAAACGGAGGUAACCCGAAUGCAAGCCACCUUAUAGAAAGUCAUAGUAAGAAGGGAAGGAGCCUAUUGUUUCACGCAAUUUAUAUAGGAAACGAAAACGGUGCCGAGUUAGUGAAGCUACUUUUAAAGCACGGUGCAACGGUAGAAGGGCUAGAUCUUCACAUGAAAGGGGUGGGCAGAAAGAUGGCGACGAUCGAGAAAUGCUUUGGAUAA